GCACGUGAAUUCCUUUCAACCCUAUCAUAAGGCUCGAACUGAACCUCAAGGCCGGGAUGCCUUGUGCAGGAUGAUGGUGCCAACUGCACAAAGAUUCAACAGCCUGUAGGACAAGCUUCACCUCAGCUUGCAGCUCCUGUCAGGCGCCUGGGCAAGCACCAUGCUGCGCUGGAUGGCUCUGCUGCUCCUUGUUUCGUGUGUUGGGAGAUGUGCCCCGCUAAACCUCCAAGAGCUAAACCUCCAAGUCCAGCCAAACCCUGUGUUUGAAGGAGACCCCAUGACUCUGCAGUGCGAAGAAAGGGGAUCCAAAACAGUGUCCCAAGUGAAGUUCUAUAAAGAUAAAAACUUCUUUGCUUUCUUUGUUACCAACCAGCCUCUGUCCGUUGGGGCAGCAACAAUGGAAAGCAAUGGGCAGUACCACUGCACUAAGGAUGUGCCAUUUCAAACAUACACCUUCAUAAAAACCUCAGCAGUUACCAAGGUUGGAGUCCAAGAGACAUCUGCAGAGCAAUGGAAAAUGUGCUGGGCCAGCCCCGUCCAUAUUCCCUUUCCCUCUGAAGAGCAGAUGACCACCAAUGCCUAUCUGGCUCUGACUUCCAGAACUCUCAAGGUUCUUGGCAGGGAGCAGGGAACCCUUUCAGAACUCAUGGGUUGGGGGAUGACACUGUCUCCCAUCUGGGUCACAGAGCUGUAUCCUGGGCUGUGCUGGAGCUCAGUCUUCAGCUUCCCAGACCUCACUGACCAGGGUUCCCCACCCUGGAGCACUAAUCUCUCUCCAGAGCUGUUCCGGCCUCCUGUACUGAGCACAGACCCCUCUCCAGAGCCCCGUGAAGGGAGCCUAGUGAGCCUGAGAUGUCAGACAGCACUGCACCCCAAGAAGCCAAACUUGAAGCUCCUCUUCUCCUUCUACAAGGAUGGCCACAUGCAGAACACAAGCCGUCAUGCAGAAUUCCACAUCCCAGAAGUCAGAAAGGAAGACUCUGGGGUUUACUGGUGUAAAGUAGCCCUUGAGGGUGGCCAAGUUGAGAAGCAGAGCCCCUCAUUGGAAAUCAGGGUGCAGGUGAAAUCAGAGCAAGAUGCUGGGAACUACUCCUGUGAAGCCAACAACAGUGUCUCCAGAGAGAAGAGUGAACCCAAGCAGCGUUCCCUGGAUGGUUUGCAAGAUUUGUCUACCCCUACCAGAAGCUACUGGCUGAUUGCUGGGCCACUUGGGACCCUGCUUGGUUUGAUGCUCAUUGUUGUUGUCCUUCUGGCUUAUUUCACACCCUGGAGAAGAGCUGAGCCCCCUCCCGCCCUGAAUCCACCCUCAGCUCCAGCUGGAGAGCAGUGCCCACUGGACGGCAAUGUACACCAACAGGAAGAUAAAGAGGAAGAUAUCACCUACUCUGUGGUGCAGCGAGGCUCAAAAAGGAACAAGGUCAGACCUGCUGAGUUCACCUCUGAUGAAAAGGACAUCUUUGCUGUCUACACGGAAGUGAGACGCCCACAGCACAGUACGAUUCCCUCCAAGGACUUGAAUCUAAGAAGCGGGACCUCCCAAGAUCCUCUUGGUGACUGCAAGGAUGCACUCUACUAGCAACGGCAUCUCCCUCCAACAUGCACCUAUACCCAGCCUCCAAUGCCCCCUAGGUGGCCACGGACCCCACAAGCUCCUAGGUUUCACCAGUGACACUGAACACAGCUAUAAAUGCCUUCUUUCUGCACUAGUGGAAGUUUCUCUUUCUCUACAGAGAGAGAGUGGGAGAGAGAGAGAGAAGAGGAAGUGGACACACUUGGCCUGACCCUGAAAAGAAAGAAAGGGCUUCAGAGGGCUGACUCUAGAACAGGCAGCUCUGUGAUGUAUUUCUAACUUUCAAGAUGCUGCUGAAGCCCACAAGUGACUGAAGGCAAAAGGGCCUCUUGGAGCUUCAGUAAAAACAAGGUCAGGCAGGAAAGUUCUGGUCCAAAUAUCACAGAACUCUUGAGAGUGGGGUCAGAGCCCUGUAGGCACCAACAACUCUGCCUCCACACACAGUCCUGUUUCUGUCCUGAUCCUUUCCCAUUUGUCAGAAACAGAACUGGGAUUUGCCCCAAGCCCCUGUUGGCCACAGGCAGCAGAAAACUUCAUUACCCCUUGCUCAUUUAAAAAGAUAUGCGGGAUGGAUACAAUGAAGAAACGUCACAUGCAUGUGUGCAAACCACACUGAAACUCAACAUUUUGUAAAAAGGCACUAAUUGAAAUGUAUUUUUAAAAAGUAAAUACAAAAAGCUGCAUGGUUGCAAAGUAUACUUUGUUAACAGAAAUGCAUCAAUUUUUAAUAAUGUUUAUCAAUAACAAUCUUUUUUUUUUUUUU